AUGUCCUUAAGUGAAAAUCAUGGGAAGUCGUAUAAGUCUGUCAAAGCAGCACAGUCUGUCCCCGGAAGUAAGUAUAUAAACGAUUACGACGCAAAAUGCGACGGAGACGCCGAUGAUGUUCCUGAGGACGAAAAAGGGGAAUCAAACGAGAUAGUCGUACGGCCUGAGCCUUUAAUGCAGCAAUUCGCAAGUUCUUGCGACGUUGAAGCUGGAUUGCAGUUUAUUGAUCUCUGUCACGAGGGCAAUUUAGACGCUGUCACGCAGCGGGUUCAUGCCGGUUCUCCUGCUGGAUUUAUUUCCAAAAGUGGCUGGACACCAGUAGCAGCAGCAGCUUAUAGCGGCUGUAAUGAAGUGCUUUUGUAUCUUUUAAACCUUGGUGCUGAUACCAUGUACGAGACCUCAGCGUCGGCUAGAAAGCAUCACCUUUUGGACGAACAUACCAGCGAUUCGAAACAGACAAUAGGCAACACUCCGCUACAUUGGGCAUGCUAUAAGGGCCAUGUCGACACGGUGGCAAUCUUGCUUGCUGCAGGAUACAACGUAGAAGCUGCAGACUCAGUUGGCAAUCGAUGUCUUCACUUAGCUUGCUCUGGUGGUCAUCAAGAGGUAGUAGCACAGCUACUUGCUCACUCAGCUGCUGUUGAACCACGUAAUAAAUUCAAAAAUCGACCACUCGAUCUGGCCUCAGAGCCAGGAUGCCGCCGCCUGUUGACACAAUUCCAAGCGCAGACAGCUUGCGCAUGGUGCAAAGAAACAUUUAGUCGCCUUCGCCGUCCCAGCUUGUGUCAACAUUGCCACGGUGUUUUUUGCGAUGAAAACCCGUGCACAUCAACUUCUUUACCGUCAUCUCAAUCAUCUCUCGCAACAAAUGUAGUAGACUGUGCAGAGCUGGAUUUCUCCACAGUUCUACGAACUCAAGCAUACAAGGCACGCUAUUGCCAGGACUGCACCGUAGAAAAGGAAAAGGCAGAGCAAGACUUGCGCGAUGUGCUUGACAGCAAACGCAAACUCAUCAGUCGCGCAAUCGCCGUACUUGAUCCCACUGUCGAUAAUGUCGGACUCGAACCUGCAGCUGAAACGGGCGCGUCAAACGUAGAUAUUGAAAAGAAUGAGCAAGGCUUCGGUGUUAUUGAAAGCGAGGUAAGCAAUCAAGGCAAACUCAAACCGGAUAUGGUAUCGGAGGUUGACGCGUCUGAGACUCUCCAUAAGAAUGAAAGUGAUAUAGCGCCACUUUACGCUAUGGAGACAAAAUCUUCGAGUGAAAACUCACAUGUGAUAGAUAAUGUUUUCGACGCCGAGCAAAGAUUGACGAGACCACUUGUUAGUUUAAAGCGUCGAUCGCUAACAAGGCUACCAAGCACUGACACAAUUUUGAAUGCACUGACGGUGAAUAAAAUAGAUGCUGAGUCUCUUUAUACUGCACUGGAAAUUGCAGAACUUAGAGGUGCCGAUAGCGAACUGCUAUGUGUUUCGCAGCGAACGUACCGGCAGCUCAUCGCUCAAAUCGCGUUGCAAGACGAAGUGAAGGCUUUACUUGCUAUACGCCCGCUUGGGGUCCGGUCGCUUCUUAAACCUCUUAAAGGAGCACUGGCAAACGCGAUAUAUGAGCACGUUCAUCCGGUGAUGCAAUCGAUGGUUAUUCACGUGAUACAAAGUGCGGAAGCAGAGUGUACACUUUUUAGAAGCCACGCUCUAUGUUCCAAAAUCAAGCAAGGCUCGCGUCGUCACAGUAAAAAUAUUGCCAUUCUCGAGGCAAGUCUGGGCGAAGCUCAGCGACGUGGAGGCAGCGACAAAUUGCUGACUAUUUCCGGUGCACUACGCGACCGAUUGCUUGCUGAAGUCCGACUGGAAGCGAGUUUGCUGCCAUUUCAGGCUAUAGAACUCUCACCAGAUCAAACAGGUGAUUGGUCUCCACUGCCAUCGACGUCGGCUCCUCCGUUGAGGGCUUGUCGGCAUCAUUACUGGAUGAAGCUGUCAAAUUGCUAA